UGUAGUAGGUGACCGGAACGGGAGAGGUCACGUGUGCGGCUGGACUCCGGAGGCAGUCGCAGUAUAGUGCCACUACAGCCACUAGCCUGGCGAGACCGCGAGUAGCACACGGGGACCCCCAGUGAACACACGCUUACGCCACACAUCUACCCUCAUCUUGUUGGUUCAGCACGACGUGAAGAUGUCAAGACCGUCAUGUUGGGUGGCGCUGGCCGCGGCCUGCUGCGUGGUCGUCCUGGCUGGUGCGGGCGUCUCCACACCUACCGUCAUCGAGGCUGACACGGUCGGCCGUAAGAUCUCGAUAGAGGGCGAUGACUUCAUGCUGGACGGUCAGCCGUUCCGGAUCCGCUCCGGGGAGGUCCACUACUUCAGGACCCCCGCCGCCUACUGGCCCGACCGCCUGCGCAUGGUCAAGGCCGCUGGUCUGAAUGCUGUGGCCACCUACGUGGAGUGGAUGUUCCACGAGGGCGUGGAGCGCCAGUACCGCUGGGACGGGGACCGCGACCUGGCGCGCUUCGUGAGCCUGGCGCAGCAGCAGGGGCUGUUGGUGCUUCUGCGCCCCGGGCCCUACAUCUGCGCGGAGCGGGACUUGGGUGGACUACCCUACUGGUUAAUGGGGAAGUAUCCAGACAUCAAACUUAGGACCUUGCAACCAGAAUUUAUGUCCGAAUCAACAAUAUGGUUCAACGAACUGUUCAAGCAAGUGAAGCCACUUCUGUAUGGAAAUGGCGGACCAAUUAUUUUAGUUCAGGUAGAAAACGAGUACGGCAGCUACGGCUCGGACCACGCCUACAUGAACGCGAUGCGCGCGCUGCUACACUCUCACGUGGGGGACCACGCGCUGCUCUACACCACCGACGGCUUCUCGCGGAACUUCUUCACCAGGGGGUACGCGGACGGGGCGCUCACUACCGUCGACUUUGGAGUUACUAGCUCCCCCGUCAAAAACGCAUUCAAAGACCUGCGCGAGUUCAGGCCGGUGGGUCCGCUGAUGAACUCGGAGUUCUACCCGGGCUGGCUCACGCACUGGGGCGAGGGCUUCCAGCGCGUGGCCACGGCACCCGUCGUCGCCACACUAGAUGAUAUGCUGAGGACCAACGCCAGCUUCAACUUCUAUAUGUUCCACGGAGGAACGAACUUUGAUUUUACUGCUGGUGCGAAUUACGGACCAACUUACCAGCCAGACAUAACAUCUUACGACUACGAUGCCCCGCUGACCGAGGCUGGCGAUCCCACAGAGAAGUACUACGCCAUUCGAAGCACUAUUGAAAAGUACUAUCCACAAGUAAAGGACAUACACUUGCCUCUAGCCAGUACUAAGGCGGGCUACGGGAGUGUGCCAGUGGUGGCCAAACUCCAGCUUCUCUCGUCCGAAGGCCGCACAGCUUUGGGCAAGAAGGAGACGGUAGAAGGCUCCUCUCUUCCCACCUUCGAGCAGCUGCGGCAGAGGGCCGGCCUCGUGCUGUAUGAGACCACGAUGAACACGGACAGUGGUGAUGUGGAGGACACGCGGUUGCUCAGCAUCGCUAAGCCGAGGGACCGCAUCUAUGUUUAUGUUAAUGGUGUGUUGAAGGGAAUUUUGAGCAGGAUGCACAACAUAUUGUCGAUACCACUCGUAGUUAAGAACAACACGGUGCUAUCACUUCUGGUUGAAAACCAAGGCCGGAUUAACUUUGGCGACAAACUGCAUGACAAAAAGGGUAUCCUAAGCUCCGUAUUGCUGGCGAAUAAAGUUCUCAACGGCACGUGGGAAGUCACUGGCUUCCCUCUAGAAAAGGUAGACGUGACUGGACACGACAAUCCUGAGUCUACAGACAGAGGACCGGUGUUGUACGAGGGAGCAUUCGCCCUGCCCAAUAAUACGCAACUACUUGACACGUACUUGAACCCUACCGGCUGGGGAAAGGGUUACAUCUGGAUCAACGGGCACAACCUGGGCCGCUAUUGGCCGCGCGAGGGCCCGCAGGUGACGCUGUACGUGCCGGGGGUGUGGCUACAGCCGCCGCCCGCCGCCAACCGACUACAGAUCCUGGAGCUGGAGGCCGCAGCCCCCGGCCUCGAUGUCACCUUCGUUGACACCCCUAUUCUCGGAUAGACAAUAAACGUUCGGGGCGCUCAAUGUGUCAAUUCCGAUCGUUUUUAUAUCUCAUAUUCAUUGACACCCCUAUUCUCGGAUAGACAAGAAACACUACGGAGCACUCAACGUGUCAAAAUGACCUAUCGUUUUAUAUCUCACCAUGGCCAGUAAAAUUAUUGUGUAACUACCUUCGAUGACAAAUAAUUGGUAAUUGAAGCUGGGACCCCGUAAUUUAAAAAGAAACUGUUAUACCUAUGUGAAAAUAUCUGAUCAAGAAAUAAAAUUCUUUACAUAAUUUUUUAAGUGCGAUUUUUCAGUCUACUUGUCUAAAAUUUGAAUUUAUUUUUAUCUACUUAUGUGAGAUCUCACGAAUAUUUUUUUUAUAAAUAAUUAAAUAGAUAAUGUACGUUUAGGUAAUACAAUAACUGUUGGGGGUGGACUGUAUUUGAAAGUCUCCUUCAGGUUUUCCAGUGUUCUUUAUUGUUCCUCUUCUGUUUCCUGAAUGACAAUUUGCGUACCAAAAUGACCCUACUUAAGUACUUGGAAUUGGUCACGCAACCGAUAGCUGAUAAGGUGAGAUACCUAACUCUAACCAAUGACAUCAAAGUAUAACAACUUACGAACUAUGCUAUACAAAACUAUUACUUAUACAUGUUAAUCUAAUUUUAUGCUAGGUUUUCGUCGUGAACAAUAACAAAUAAGUAUUGUAAGAUUAGCCAGUAAAGUAAACUUGAGCAGUGCUCGGCUCGAUGCCUGUCGAUGACGACUGUCGUAGGUACACGGACCGUACCGCAUAAACCUGCUGAAAGAUGCAUUCAAGAGGUUCAAUUUCUCAGAGAAAAUUUCCUUUGGGAGAGACGUUGAUGUUGAUAAGGUAGUCAACGUAUACCAAACAAUAAAAUGUCUAGCCGUCAUGUCGCCGGUCACGAUCGCACGAUUCUAGUAGAGACAGCCGCUGAUAACAAGUCACUUUUGUUAGAUUUAAGUAGGUAUUUAUGUUCUUGUAAAUAAAUGAAUAUAGGUGAUUAAAUUAAAAUUUUA